AGUCGCUUGGCGGAGCUGGCGCGCUCUCUGCUUCUUUGCAGAGCUGAAGCUGUUUCCGUCUCACACACACUCACACACUUCUCCACACGCUCAUGCUCUCAGUCUGACCUGCACAGAGGAAAAGCCACCGCGCGUGGAUUUACGGCGCGCGGGCUACCAGUUGAUGUCGACCGUGCGCGGGAAUCGAACCGGAAUGGAGCACAAACUCGCGACUAACCGCCAAUCUGUCCGCGUGCGCCGCGGAGGAGCUGCUCCAGAGACGGAGACAGAGGGAGAGGAGUAGCUCCCCCCUGCACGAGCUCCCUUACUGCCCACUGAAAGCUCUCCACAACACUGCCUGCUCACAUCUGCCCCAGCGAACUCACACGGCUGCAAGCAUGAAGGAGAGCAGGUCCAAAUUUAGGCGGUGAACUAUCCUCCAAGGGUCGAGAAUCUGGGAGCCCUCCGGCGGUGAUCCUUUUUUCUUUUUUUGGUCUGGUUUAAAGAGUGCAAGAUCCAGGAGAGAGAUGAUUAAGACAGGCUCUCGCUCCACCACCUCUCUGCCGCCAGAGCCGGUGGAAAUCAUCCGGAGUAAGGCAUGCUCCCGCAGGGUGAGGCUCAACGUGGGAGGGCUGCUGCAUGAGGUGCUGUGGAGGACGCUGGACCGGCUCCCGCGCACAAGACUGGGCAAACUGAGAGACUGCAACACCCACGAGUCCAUCAUGGAGGUGUGCGAUGACUACAACUUGGACGAUAAUGAGUACUUCUUCGAUAGACAUCCAGGAGCCUUCACGUCCAUCCUGAACUUCUAUCGCACUGGAAAGCUGCACAUGAUGGAGGAGAUGUGUGCACUCUCCUUCAGCCAGGAGCUGGACUUUUGGGGGAUUGAUGAGAUUUACCUGGAGUCCUGCUGUCAGGCUCGAUAUCACCAGAAAAAGGAGCAGAUGAAUGAGGAACUGAAACGUGAGGCCGAAACCAUGAGGGAAAGAGAAGGGGAGGAGUUUGACAACACAUGCUGUACAGAGAAGAGAAAGAAACUUUGGGAUCUUUUGGAGAAGCCCAACUCCUCAUUUGCAGCCAAGGUCCUGGCCAUCAUCUCAAUCCUGUUCAUUGUGCUUUCCACCAUCGCCCUAUCUCUCAACACCCUUCCAGAGCUACAAGACAUAGACGAGUUUGGACAAGCAACAGACAACCCUCAGCUGGCCCAUGUAGAAGCAGUCUGUAUCGCUUGGUUUACCAUGGAAUACCUUCUUCGUUUUCUGUCCUCACCCAAUAAAUGGAAGUUCUUCAAAGGCCCACUCAACAUCAUCGACCUGCUAGCCAUCCUCCCAUAUUAUGUCACCAUUUUCCUGACUGAAUCUAACAAGAGUGUGCUGCAGUUCCAGAACGUGCGGCGAGUGGUGCAGAUCUUUCGGAUAAUGCGAAUUUUGCGAAUCCUUAAAUUAGCUCGUCACUCCACUGGACUACAGUCACUGGGAUUCACCUUACGACGCAGCUACAAUGAACUGGGCCUACUAAUCCUCUUUUUGGCCAUGGGCAUCAUGAUCUUCUCUAGCUUGGUCUUCUUUGCAGAAAAAGAUGAAGAAGACACCAAAUUCAAGAGCAUCCCUGCCUCCUUCUGGUGGGCCACUAUUACCAUGACUACUGUGGGCUAUGGAGACAUUUACCCCAAGACUUUAUUAGGAAAGAUUGUAGGUGGUUUAUGCUGCAUUGCCGGAGUGCUUGUCAUUGCCCUGCCCAUUCCUAUCAUUGUAAACAACUUCUCAGAAUUCUAUAAGGAGCAGAAGAGACAAGAGAAAGCCAUCAAGAGACGAGAGGCUCUGGAGAGGGCCAAGAGAAAUGGCAGUAUAGUGUCUAUGAACAUAAAGGAUGCAUUUGUUCGAAAUGCAGAGCUCAUGGAUGUGGUGGUGAUGGAGAAGACAGAAGAAAACAUGGUGAAGAAAGAGAAAGUGCAGGACAACUGUCACACUUCACCAACCCGCUGGAAAUGGACACCAAAACGCACCAUCUCUGAGACCAGUUCCAAUAAGUCUUUCACUGGGAAGGAGCAAGGCUCUCCAGUUAGAGCCACCAGUCCAUCCAGCCCACAACACCUCAACGUCCAGAAGCUGGAGGAGAUGUACAGCAAGAUGGGUAAGACCCAAUCCCAGCCAAACUUGAACAGUAAAGAGCGAGGUCCAUUGUCUAAAUCAACUAGGAGGAAGGAUGAAAUGGAAAUGAGGAGUAUUCCUGCUGACCGAGCACCCACCACAACCGAUGGUGUGAUGGAUAUGAGAAGCAUGUCAAGCAUUGACAGCUUCAUCAGCUGUGCUACAGAUUUUCUAGAGAGCUCAAGAUUCUCACAUAGCCCUAUCUCAACCCAACCUAGCAGAGUCAGCGCCAAUCCAGGACUGGAGACCACCCUUGAGCAUGAGACCAUGAAGAAUCCUGUUGGUCCACCCAAGCCUGGGCGAGCCAUGUUCUCCGACAGCCCCCGAGGUCUACGAAUCAGCAAUCCCUUAAAGUCAAGAUCCCUCAAGGUCAACUUCUUCUCAGGAGAAACCACGGGUCCUACUGCAGAUUCAACCCACGGCGGAGGUUCUGUUGCUCUCUCAGACAGCUCUGUCAUUUCUGAACGUUCCGUAAUGAGCCCAGAAGUGUCUGUAUACACCACUGCCAGCAGCAAGACUCCACCCAAGACUCCUGAGACACUGGUACCAACUGUUUUCACAUUUCACGAUGCGUCGAUCAGCAAGUACAUUGACGCAGAUACAGAUGACGAUGACCACCUUCACGAUGGACCGGGUUCUAGUCCAUCAGAGCGUCUCUUAGGCAACAUCAGCCCCAAGCUCAGCAACAGCUCUCACCAACGAGGAGCAAACCACCUAGAGUUAUCCCAGAGGAUGCUGGGACAAAACAGUCUGUUCUCCUUGGAGGGACGGUCAGUGGGUGGACAAGAGAACCAUGUGAUUUCAGGAGACAGAGGGCGCUCUAAAACAAUAAAUGAGAAUAAUUAAAACAGGGAAUGUAGCCCACGACAACUGGAAUUAUGAAUGGUGGCAAGGGUAACAGAACACUGCUGAUGGGAACUUAACCUAACACUAUUCCAAAUCUGAGCAAAACACAUGCACCAUAACAGCUGCACUUCCAUGGAUAUAGAGUACUCAGUAGACACUUUAGGAUAAACUCUUUAAUCAGUUUGCUGCUUGAGCCAGCAAUGACAGUUUGAAUAAGAACUAUUAAAAACAUUUGCUAGAGACAGAAUCUAAGGAUGCUUGACAAUGACAUGAAGAUGGUUGACAUUUUCCAACCCCAACCCCAACUGUUUUCAGUCCCACUCUAUAGAAUUAGGUACUUACUGAAGCCAUUCUGUGCAAUGAGCAAUUUCACAGUUUUUUUUUUUCCAAGGAUGAAUCUUCCUCAAAACUGGCCUUAGUUUUAUGAGCCGACAGUAUGUGUUGUCUUUGCGAGUGUGGGUGUGUGUGUGUUUAAGCAAGAGGGAGUGCAUGAAUGCCAGAGAGAGAGAGAAUGAGCAAGAUAUAGAGAGACCAAAACAGUGAAAGAGAAUGUGUGAACAGCUGACAUCAGUUUCCCAACAGACGCAUCGUCUUGUGUGUACACAUGCUCUCUGUUUUCAAUACAACCUUUUUUCUAAAAAAGAUAAAUUAAAUAUUUAAGUUUGCUUGAUUUCCCUUCUCCUCUGCCUAAUGUCUCAGAAACAGUCCUCUGUGCAGAUAUGCAGGUGCAGUGCUUUCAGAGGUAACAGCCACUGUGAUUCACCGUCUUUGGUCAGAUCAUGUCAUAGCCCAUGUGUUGAUCAUCAGAUUGACUUGUUUGAUUAUGUGUACAGCUCCAAUCUCUGUUUUAUUUGUUUUUCUCUUUUAAUUAUGUGACUGCGGAACUCCUCCUAUAAAACAGGCAAUGGAAUCGUCUACAUUGUUCAACAGAGCCAUGCUCCUUCGUUGAUUGACGGAAACCACUCAACAUGUUAGGAGCAAAAACAGCCGAACUGAAAGGACAGCCUGAAAACACUUUUUCUUUCCUUUACAGCAUUCAGGAAUGAAAACUGAAAGAAGAUGCUGUUGAUUGUAUAAAAGAACAAUGCUGGAA